GUAAGAAGUGUUUCGUAAGCUAGUCGAUAUCCGUGUCGAUUGAUUCUCAAGCAAUGGCGUGAGCUGGCUUCGUACCGUUUGGCCCUGCGGACCGUAGAUAUUUACAUUGGCGAUCCUGCCAGGAGAAUCAAUCGGCACGGAUAUUUGGAAAACUGUUGAUUAUUGGUGGCGUGUAAAGAAAACCGCCCAGGAAAAAGGCGUGUAAAGAAAACCGCCCAAAAAGGUGUGUAAAGAAAACCACCUGAAAGACUUUGAUAACUAGAUGCCUGAGUGAGUAAAGAAAACCACGAAAUGGCGAAUUGAAACAAAUCCUUUUGUGUGUAACGGAAACCACAAAUUGGAAAUGAUAUUAAUUCUGAUUUGCUGGUAGACGUCACAAAUUUGGAAAUGGCCGCUGAGGGAAAAUACGUUCGCAUCAAUCAGUGCAACUAUGGCACUUAUGAUGUUUCGGAUCAUGAGUCGGACCAGCAGAACGCUGGGAGAUUCGUUCAUGCCCCAUCAUUCUAUGACGACGACGAAAAUGAAGAACAAAACUGCGAUUUUGAAUCUGACCAUUAUGAUGACACCAAAGAUUUAGAUCAGGAGAAUAAAAUGCUGAAACAACAGUUAGCCGAAAUGCAGAAGGCAAUCGAUAUGGUUUCAUCAAUGCGCAAGGAUAACCUAGUAUAUAACGCAGAAAUCGAUCCCGCUGAGGAUAGUUGGAGGAGCCACCGCACGACGCCGUCGUCUCUGACAGGAGGGAAUGGCCCAAGCAUCAGGUGGGAUCAAAUGAAACCCUUCCCCAAAAAUAUACCUGCGAAUAAAAUGUGGGAGGAGUGGAUAAAAUUCAUUGAGAACGUCGAGAUAGGUGCCUCUCUAUCGAUUACAAACGACCCCGUGCCACGAUCACAGCUACUUUAUUUGUACAUGAGCGACGAUUUGCAAAGCAUUGUUCGAGCAGCGAAACUCCGACCGAAUCUUAUGAAAGUUGUGAACAAAGCAAUGUGCACUGCUCAGUCGAACGGACAAAAUUUCAACGAAGAGCUACAAGCGGCUGUAAACGCCCAUAAUGCAGCAGCUCACACAAUUACCAGAAUUCCACCCGAGGAAAUUAUGUGUGGUAGACGUAUUCGACGGGGACUACCACUGAUAAACCGUGGUAAAGUAGACAUUGACGAACGUUUGUUGGACUCCAGAGACGCUGAAGCAACUAUAUUUCAAGGCUCAAGCGGACUCCCGAGUGCUAAACCAUGCGAAAUCCACCCUGGAGACGAAGUAAUACUAGAACGCCGAACAAAAGCGAAAGGAGAUACUAGAUUCGAUAAAAAACGAUACACCGUGAUUCAGGAGGAUAAUGGCAACUUAAUUCUUAGUGAUGCGGACGGUUGUCAGGUUCGUCAUCACGUUACACAAGCCAAAAAGGUACACUUUUGGAGAGAUUCGAAUUCCAAAAGACCUCAAGAGGUAGCGGCUGCACAUCGGCCAUCCAGAGACAGACGAGCCCCGGGUCAUCUAACUGAGUAUAUUCACCAAACCGAAGAUCUCUAA